AUGAAUCAAUCAACUCCUGUUAAUUCUACCCCUUACUGGUUCCCCGGUUGGCGCAAGCACAGCAGUCAGCCAAACGACGAUGGUACAUCGGGUCAGGACUGCGUGGAGGCACGACGCGACUUCCCGCCGCGCCCUCCGGCUCCUCAACCCACCUACAUGUGGAAUGAUCGCUCCUGUCACGAGCACAAUUACUACGUCUGCGAAGUACCCUCCAUUGAAGAUCCCUACACUGCAUCAAAGAUCCAGUGCAACGAGACGAUAGUCCUGACACAUAGCCACCCGCACGCUAUAGUGUCGAGCCCCGGCUUCCCUCGGCCGUACCCUGACGACGUGGAUUGCGUGGCCGAAGUGCGCGCGCCCCCGGCGCACACGCUUCGUCUGCACUUCGAGGAACUGCUCACUGAACAUGAGCCACAGUUUAAGCAUCUGAAACCUCACAUUAAAAAUGAUGUAACAUUACGGUGGAAUCUAGUAUGGGAAGAAAUGGGCACACUCCUCCCUGAAUCGGACUCUAUCAGUGCGGGCUGGAGACGGGACUCAGGUCCAGGGUCAGGGUCCCGUCGUGUCUGCGGCGACUGGAGCGGCAAGUUGAAGUUACUUCGAUACCAGUCGCGGAGCAACGCGCUGCGACUGCGCUUCCGGACAGACCACUCCGGACACUACGCGGGAUUCAGAGCAAAGAUUACUGUCGCUGACUCCCAAACCUGUAUGGACGCUAAGCAAGUGUUAUUUAACGGGCACUGCUAUCUAUUCUCCGGCUACCCGCGCGCUUCCUGGACCACCGCCAAACAAGUAUGCGAAGGUCUGAACAUGCAUCUCUCUUCAGUCCAUUCCGCAGAAGAGGAACGGUUCAUUAUAUCUGGCAUCAGACAGAGCAGUGAUUAUAGCGCUGGUGCGGUCUACUGGCUGGGCGCGAGGGUCCAAAGACCAGGAGGCAACUUCAGCUGGGUUGAUGGAAGUAUCUUCGAGUACCAGGCCUGGCCGCCGUAUAAUGAUACCGAGGAUAUUGAAGAGCCGUGUUUGGGUGUUCAGUGGCGAACAUCACCAGUGCCGUCGCAGCCGAGCGGACUGUACUGGACGCAGCAUAAAUGUGUGGUCACUGGCGGCUAUGUUUGCAAGAGACGCCUCAACCCUGAACAUAUCCUGAAGAACAACACCGUUGAGGGAAAUUCAGGAGAACUGUCCAGCCCUAACCACCCAGGGCUGUAUGACAACGAGGUGGACUACUGGGUGCAGGUGGCAGGCCCCCCCGACACGAGGCUCGUCUUCGUCUUCAAAUCCAUAGAUCUCGAGUACCAGAAUGAUUGCUUAUACGAUUACGUAGAAUUGAAGGACGGCUUAACAACGAAAUCGUCGCGUUACUGCGGCUCGCUCGGAGAGACGCGAUGGGUCGCCACCAGCAACCUAGCUACGCUGCACUUUCAUUCCGAUUACAACACCCAAGGGUCUGGUUUCUCAUUAUCGUGGCGCGCGGUGGAGCUGGCAGGAUGUCCUUCGCAGACGUUCACGUCCAAAGAAGGGCAGCUGCGGAGCCCCAACUUCCCGCACUUCCUGCUGCCCGGCCUCGACUGCACCAUACACAUCCUCGCACCUUCAGGGAAACGUGUAUUUCUUAACAUCAGUCACUUUGAUUUCGGCUACGGAACAUUCGCGAACGGAGUUCCCGUCAACGUAUCGGAAGUGAUACCGGAGGAUACGUUCCUUGAGGUCCAGAUCGACCCCGACAGCGCCCCCAUACGAACCUUUGUUAACCCGAACAUACUAACCAACGGAAUCUUUGUAUCAAAAUCUGAAAUGAUGAGACUAAGACUGAGGACUGGAGAGAACGUCACUGGCGCUGGCUUCCUUGCGGUAUUCAAAACCGGUUGGUAUCUAUACUAA